AUGAAACUUGUAUCGACAUCCACAUUGGCUUUGUCCUCAUCUACUUCAGUAAUUUCACCACGACCGUUUGAUAAUACCGAUACUAUUGCAAAAAAUGCAGUAGGUCAAAAAGAUGCAAUAGUCAAAAUCAAAGAAGCAACUCAACUAAUAUCUGAAUGUGAACAAACAAUUAAGCUUAUCAUAAGUGAAAAAAGGCUAGGAAAACUUAAACAUCAUGCAGAAGCUCAAGCUAAACUUAGGGCAAAAAAACAAAAACAACUCAAUGAUGAAAGUAUUGUUGAACAAUUCUGCCAUAUAAUAGUUCAUGCCUAUCAAUUUCAAAGGAAACAUACUAUCGAUUAUGUUGCAGAAAGUGUGCAACAUCUAUCCAAACGUGGUCGACCUCAAAAGCAAGUUGAUGAGAUAUCACUAGCUACUGCCUCAUCAGACUUUAGAGUUGCCGAAGAUGUAGUUGACUGUAAUUUGUCAGAUGAUGAGAUUUUGAAUUUGCAUGAUAUACAAUCUGAUAAUGAAUGGGAAUUAAUAGAUGUUAGAAUCCAUAAUUAA